AUGCCUGCUCCAAGCAUCCUCCUUGGUUCCGCCACCAGAUACAUCGCUGGAAGGAACGCAGUUCAGACAGUGUACUGGAAAAGCACCCCUGGACACCAGCAGAGGUUCCUGAAGUUGGCCAAGACCUGCAAUUUUGGCAAAGCGCCCAGUCCACCGUUGAAAUGUGUAGCUGUAUCUGACACUCUUAGCAGACUGUACGGAAAAAUACUUAAAACCCUAAUAGAAGAUGAAUUUAGCCCCCAUGAGAUUGAAGAACAAGCCGGGUUCAGAGCAGGCCGCUCAUGCAUUGAUAAUAUCUUUCCAAUCACUCAGAUCAUUGAGAAAAAGAGGGCAACGAAUAACGACCAAAUUCAUAUCCUGUUUGUGGACCUUAGUAAGGCUUAUGAUACGGUACGAAUUAAGAAACUAUGGGAAGUUUUCGAAAAAAGCCCAAUAAAUAUAACACUAAUAAAAGCGGUACAGCAACUCUAUCUGAAUUAUUCCCAAUAUCAAAAGGUCUAA